AUGACUUCGUUUGAAUUGGAACCCGAAACUUUCUGCGUCAUCUCCCCCGCCUUCUCCCUCUUUCUCAUCCUUCGCCCUCCGAUUCUCACUCAAGCUGCCAACGUCUUCGACUUGUCAUCUAUCCGCGAAGCUCUCAUGCACAGCAAGCCCUUUUUCGACGGAUGGGUUGGCCGGCUCAUUGAGCUGGGUAACUCAGACCAGCCGUCCACAUGGCGAUUGGUAGAAAGACUGGGCGACAAGAACGAUCAGUUGUCGGCAGAAGAGCACAAUGUCGCCAGCGAGUCCAACAUCAGUUAUGGAAAGCCCAGUGCAGCAUAUGGUGCUUUUCGCUGUCAAAACACCAGCGAUCCCGACGACGUGGCCUUCAUGAAGAUCAUCAUGCAGAUUCCUUGGGCAGGGGCCGAGUUCGUUUCGAGUACCGAGCGUGCGAAGCAAGCCGAUAAUACAAAUCUUCCGCGCUAUGCGCAGUGGGAGAUCGAACCCCUCGAAAUCCUUACGAAGAACAACUGCCAGGCCGCCCCACACAUUAGGACACACAGGGAAACGGUACAAGAACAAAAUGAAAUGGUUCCUGGUGGCUUUAUUCAUUACAUUCUAAUGGAGCAUGCGCCCGGUGAUCGGUUGACUGAGGACAAGUUUUGGAACUAUCCCGAUGAUGAGCGUAACAAGAUACGCGAGGCCUUCAGGGUGGCUUGGGAGGAAUGUGUACGCGCUGGUGUCGUACCCUGCAUGGCUGCGCUUUGGCACCUGUUUUGGGAUUCCGAGUCCUCCAAAGUGUAUCUUGUUGGAUUUAACCACUCACAACCGGUGAGCUCCGACGAAGAUGACGGCAAAUGGGAAGACAAUGAGUGGAUUUACUGGGGUCUCGCUCAGUAUCCCGAUGAAGAAAAUUAUGCCCCAGAUGAGGGCCCGAAUGCCGACAAAUCGAAGUGGAUUCUAUAG